AUGGACUCCAUCCGCAACUCCGCCGUCAAACUGGCCGAGACAUACUUUUGUGAUGACCUGCCCCUGAAUGGUGUCAACUGGACCACGAUCAAGAGCCACCCUGCUCUGAGCCGCACUGAUCGGAUCUUCCCUCUCCCCGUCUCCAACUCCGCAACCGCCAAACACAUGCGAAUAGCCACUUUCCUCGCCAUUCUUGGAUAUGAGUUGCGCAAUGCCAUCUUCCAGCCCAUCUAUCUCCUACACAAAUCCUCCGAGCUAAAUGAAUUCCUCGACCAUCUGGCCGAAGAAAACGAAGAGGUCGAGGCUCACCUGCGCUCAGUACUCUUCCGGACACUUGCCGAGUACAGGAACAUCACUGAUUCCAUCAGCACCGAAUGCACCGAUUCCGUGGUUAGAUCCGUCGCAAGUUGCUUCGAAAGCCUUGUGCUGGAGGCCAAACGUCAGCCAUUUGUUUCCGAGUUGAAGACAUACUGUGCCAAGGCUUGCAAGGAGUGGGAGUACAUCCAGAGGCUUGAACGACGAGUGGAAUUUGAGACGGACCCAGAGGACGACGAUUUGAACAACAAGAAGUUUUGGCUGCCGCUCAGCGCCAAGUCUUCAUGCUCGCUCGAGACAUCUCCUUCAAAAUCACACGCCAAUGGCAGCAACAAGACUGCUUUGAAAGGGAUCCACAAGGGAGCAGCAUCGAGCGGGACGUCUUCUCCUCCUCUUCAUUCACCGGUCGAAGCCACAUAUUUUCUGGAUGUUUUUGUGGUCUGGCCAGCUGUAACGACCGAGCAGGUGAGGGACACGGCGAUAUUAUCUUCGGGGUACUUUGUUAGUGCCAGAGAGAUCACCGCCGCGAUGAUGGAGCAGAGGGAGCUGUCUGCUACAAAGGACCAGCAUAGGGUUGCCAGAGGUGGCAGGAGGAAGUCGAGGGCCAUGUCGGUUGCUGGUCAUUCCCUUGGGGAGAGUGGAAAUGCCACGGGUCGGUCUGUGUCUUUUUUAUCCGCACAAGUUGGAAAUGGGCCAAAGGGAAGCUGA